CGGCGCGGCCCCUUUAAGGCUUGGCCUACGUGGCAGCCGCUAGAGUCGCGGACGCGGAGUGAGGCCGGCCGCCGGGCACUUCCUGUGGAGGCCGCAGCGGGCUCGGGCGCCGACGCCGACGGGCCGAGCGAGCGAGUGAGCGAGUGAGCUGAGCCUCCCGCCGCCGCCAUGGGCCAGAACGACCUGAUGGGCACGGCCGAGGACUUCGCCGACCAGUUCCUGCGUGUGACAAAGCAGUACCUCCCGCACGUGGCACGCCUCUGCCUGAUCAGCACGUUCCUGGAGGACGGCAUCCGCAUGUGGUUCCAGUGGAGUGAGCAGCGGGACUACAUCGAUACCACCUGGAACUGCGGCUACCUGCUGGCCUCUUCCUUUGUCUUCCUCAACCUGCUGGGACAGCUGACGGGCUGCAUCCUGGUGCUGAGCAGGAACUUUGUGCAGUAUGCCUGUUUCGGCCUCUUUGGAAUCAUAGCACUGCAGACGAUCGCCUACAGCAUAUUAUGGGACUUGAAGUUUUUGAUGAGGAACCUGGCCCUGGGAGGAGGCCUGCUGCUUCUCUUAGCAGAGUCCCGUUCUGAAGGGAAGAGCAUGUUUGCAGGUGUCCCCACCAUGCGUGAGAGUUCCCCCAAACAGUACAUGCAGCUCGGAGGCAGGGUCCUGCUGGUGUUGAUGUUCAUGACCCUUCUUCACUUUGACGCCAGCUUCUUCUCCAUACUGCAGAACAUCGUGGGCACGGCUCUGAUGAUUCUGGUGGCCAUUGGCUUUAAGACCAAGCUGGCUGCUUUGACUCUGGUCGUUUGGCUGUUUGCUAUCAAUGUUUAUUUCAAUGCCUUCUGGACCAUCCCUGUCUACAAGCCCAUGCACGACUUUCUCAAGUAUGACUUCUUCCAGACCAUGUCAGUUAUCGGAGGCCUGCUUCUGGUGGUGGCUCUGGGCCCUGGAGGCGUCUCCAUGGAUGAGAAGAAGAAAGAGUGGUAACAGAACUGGUCCCUGUGUGGCUGAAACACACAGCCAUCAAGGACUGGUUCAGGGUGGAUUCGACAAAACUGCCAGCAUUUAAGUAUCCUCUUCUCCCUCCCCUUGGUAAAGGCACAGAUGUUUUUGAGAACUUUAUUUGCAGACACCUGAAAAAUUGAUGGCUAACCCUGCUCCAGCCCCGUCUGGUGCCAACCACUUGGGGCUGGCAGCCAGUGGAGGGCCUUCCUGCCCAGGCAAGGCCUCCUGUCUCCUGGAGAGCAGCUUGAUGGCUAGUCUCUCAGCCCUAGUUUUGUUUUUCUUUUGGGGUGGUGGGGUGGGGGGCCUUCAAGCUGUACUGUGAGCAGAUACAUUUGUGUAUCAUUCAAAGCAGUCUCCCUCUUUAUUUUUAAAGUUUACGUUUUAAGCUAAAACUACUAAGUGAUUUGGGACAGAUCAGCAGUCCGAGUCCCUGGUUGAAAAAUCACACGAGUGUUGUCCACCUUAUUCCUGCCCUGUGUUGCCAUGCUUUAUAGGGGUAGUGAUACUCAGACCACAGCGGUGGCAGAGGGGCAGCUGAAGCUGCCGUUCAUGGCAGAAGUCAUUCACUAGUCAGAAAACUGGCUUGGCACCCAGUGUUUUAUGGGGUGAUAUGCAGUUCAGGGUGGGGACAGGGCCUAGAAGCCCCAAGAGGCCACCCAGAGUUCACAAAGCCACACACCUGCCGGGCAGCUCACCUGUAAGUUGGCCACUGAUGCUCCUCUCUGCCCUGCCCCUAGGCAGGGCAGUGCCAGCGGGCCCAGACCAGUUACCUCACCAGGCCUCUGCAGAGUGCUGCCCUGGCUGAGCACAGCCUGGGAUUCCUGGGAUCGCAGAAUUCCUCCCAGGCUGUGGGGCAGGAUUUACUAUCUCCAUGAGGCUGCUGCUUUCUCAGAUCUUGUUAUUCACUAUACCGAAUGCAGCCCAAAUUACUUUUUACAAUUUAUGAUGCCUUACUGAUUGGAUCUGAAUCCUGUAUUUAAAGUUUUCUAACAUUGCCUUAUACUGCGUUUCUCUUCUUGGGGGUGUAAGCAUGUUGCUCUCCUCUCCACUGGGCUACGCUUCAGUGACCGUGGGGACAGUGGGACUCACUCUGCCUCCCCCUGGCCCUCCAGCCUGCUGGCUGAGCUUCCUCAGAGGUCUGAUGCCCGGCAAAAAACAUUGCCUCGGAGCAUUCUUGCCUUCUUGGCUCUGUGCCAACCCAGGGGACCUAGGGCCGACACUAGGCAGGGUGAAGUGGAGGGCCUCCCUAGGUCUCUGGCUGGUUCUGACCAGUGCUUUUGACAACUGACCUAGCACUGUAGCCUGAGGCACCCCUCCCAUAUCCCACAAUGGAGGACCCUCUGGUGCAGGCUCCCCAACUCCUCUGUUGUUAGUCACAGGAGGAAGAGUGGCCACACUCAGAUACUGCUCUCAGCAGGCCCCCAUACAACUGUGCCGUCACACCCCUUCCCAAUGACAGGGCAGUCUCUGGAGCUGAGGUUAGCCACUGGAGGCUGGGCUAUGUGCCUGUCCCCUAAGCCCUGCAGAGACUUGUACCUGGGUGGGGCAGAUGCCUUUGUGGAGAGGAGAGGAUGCUCUACCAGUUAAUUUUUGGCAAAACAAUUUCUUAAAAAAAAAAAAAAAAACUAAAAAAAAUUUUUUUUUUUUUUUGCUUAAUGUGGGAAAUAGGUAUAAAUCUCAUUUUAUGCUGUAUUUUAUAUAUCUUAGUUGUGUUUGAAAACAUUUUGAUUUUUGGAAACACAUCAAAAUAAAUGAUGGCCUUUGUUGUA